AGCGGCUACGGCCCAAGGUCAUCUGAGAUGACAGCGCGCGACCGCUCGCGCUCGCCCAGGGGUAGGGGCUUCGGGCCCCAAGAUGAGUUCCCCCUGGUGGAUUUCCUCGUCUCCCGGCACAUCCUGGACGACCGCUCCGCGGGGGCACUGCGAAAGGCACCACGGGAGUCCGCCAUCGAGGUCUUGGUCUCGUUGGGGCCGGAGGUGCGGAAUCCAUCGGCAUUCGUCACAAGGAGGUUGGCGCCCUCCAUGGGCCACCAGGACAACGGGGCCGCCCCCGCCGGCGCCGGCGGCAGUUGGCACCCGAACCAGGGCGAGAUGAACCGCUCCGAGACUCCCGGCGUCAUCCACGUUUGGGCCAACGGUCACCAGCAGGAGCUGUUCUGGACCUCCCAGGAGCAGGCGGUCUCGGACCUGAAGUCCUGGGGCGUGCUGGACGACGCCAGCGGCGACUUCCUGCUGAAGGCCUCGGAGCAGGACGCCAUGGAUGUCAUCUCGGCCAUCGGGCCAGCCGUGAAAAACCCGUCCGCGUUCGUGACGCGCAAGCUCCAGAACCUCAAGGGCAGCGCUGCCGCUCACCAGCCGGACAGCACGGCGCUCGUGACGCCGGUCGAGGGAGGCCCGGUCCAGGUGUUCUUCAACGGCGAGUACCACGAGCUGCCGUGGAACUCGAGGGAUGAGGCGCUGGCGCAGCUCGUGAGCAUGGGCGUUCUCGACGAGGGCUCCGCUGACUUUUUGAAGAAGGCCCCCGAGGUGCACGCGAAGUCCGUCAUCGCCUCGCUCGGCCCUGAGGUGAGAAACCCGUCGGCUUUCGUGACGAGGAAGCUCAAGGCGCUGCGCGCUCAGGACACUGGCAUGUCGUACGACAGCGGCGGGAGCUGGCGGAAAGAUGACGUGAUCAUGGUCCAUUUUGGGGGCAGCGCCAAGCCGCUGCAGUGGCAGACCAGAGACACGGCCCUCGCGCAGCUGAAGGAGUGGGGCGUGCUCGACGAGGUGAGUGCCGACUUCUUGUCGAAGGCCCCAGAGCAUUGCGCGAAGGAAAUCAUAGGAUCCAUCGGGCCAGAGGUGAGGAACCCUUCCGCGUUCGUGACGCGCAAGGUGAAGGAACUGCAGCAGGCGGGCUUCACGGAGCAGCGCAACGAUCGUGGAGGCGGCAUGCUGGGCCCAGGCAUGGGCGGCUGCGGCAUGGGCAUGGGUGGCUGUGGCAUGGGUGGCUGUGGCAUGGGCGGCUGUGGCAUGGGCGGCUGCGGCAUGGGCGGCUGCGGCAUGGGCAUGGGCAUGGGCGGCUGCGGCAUGGGCAUGGGCAUGGGAGGCAUGGGCGGCGGCAUGUGCAGAGGUAGCACGCAGGAGAUGGUCGGCAACCUGAUGAAGCAAGGUGUGCUGGACAGUUCGAGCGCGGACUUGCUUAUGCAGAUCCCGGAACAGCGGGCCCAGGAGAUCCUGAGUGGGCUGGGCCCCGACGUCAGGAACCCCUCCGCGUGGGUGACAAGAAAGAUAAAGGAGAUCAUGACGGGCGGCGGCGGAAUGAUGGGGAACUCCAUGAUGCAGGGCGGCGGCAUGAUGCAGAUGGGCAUGGGAGGCUGCGGCAUGGGCAUGAGCGGCAUGGGUAUGGGCGGCAAGGGCUUCAUGAACCAGGGCGUCGUGCAGGGCGAGCUCACGAUCCACUUCAACGGGGAGGAGGUGAGGAUCCCGUGGACCUCCAAGGCCGAGGUCCUCCAGAGGCUACAGCAGGGCGGGGUGCUGGACGAGAAGAGCUGUGACUUCCUGGUCGACGAACAGGUUCUGCAGGAAGAGCAGAAGCAGCAUGAGGGGCAGGACAACGAGCGGAGGAGGAAGGAUUGACAGGCGCCAGCGGCGACCAGACUUCGAAGGCUGCAGAUCUGUCUUAGCAGCGAGAAGCGCGGUGUCGGCGUCUGCACCGACCGCAGGACUUGGGACAUGGGUGGGAGCUUCUCGUUUGUUUCCCGUCAGAAGGUUUUGUCUUGGAGUGUGGGUCGCCCGGCCGGUACUGGCGGGCAUUGUUGCGGUAAUAACGAAUGCCGCCCGAGGGGCGCGCGCGUCGAAACAUUGGCAACAUGCUGAGGUGGUUCGGCCCGUUUCGCAUGACACAUCGUCGC